AUGCUCAUUUUCUUUUUACUUUUCUGUUUCUUUCAUUCAUUCUUUCUUUUUUUUUUCUUUCUUUCUUUCUUUCUUUCUUUCUUUCUUUCUUUCUUUCUUUCUUUUAAGAUUUUCAUUCCGUUUGUCCCUGAAAAUCUAAACGCUUCUUGCCUUGUUUUUCAUGCUCAUUUUCUUUUUACUUUUCAGUUUCUUUCUUUCUUUCUUUCAUUCUUUCUUUCUUUCUUUCUUUCUUUCUUUCUUUCUUUCAAGACUUCAAUUCCUUUUGUCCCUGAAAAUCUAAACGCUUCUUGCCAUGUUUUUCAUGCUCAUUUUCGUCUUACUUUUUCAGUUUUCUUUUCUUUCUUUCUUUCUUUCUUUCUUUCUUUCUUUCUUUCUUUUAAGAUUUCCAUUCCUUUUGUCCCUGAAAAUCUAAACGCUUCUGGCCUUGUUUUUCAUGCUCCUCUUCUUCUUACUUUUCCUUUCUUUUCUUUCUUUCUUUCUUUCUUUCUUUCUUUCUUUCUUUCUUUCAAAAUUCUAUUCCUUUUAUUUCCAUUCCUUUUUGUCCCUGAAAAUCUAAACGUUUCUUGCCUUGUUUUCAUGCUCCUUUCUUCUUACUUUUCCCUUUCUUUCUUACUUUCUUUUUUCUUUCUUUCUUUUCUUCUUUCUUUCUUUCUUUCGUUCUUUUUAAGAUUUUCCAUUCCUUUUUUGUCCUAA